UCCGGGCUCAGCGGUGACACUCGGAGCGAACACACACUCCCCGCUCGGAGCCGCCAGACAGCGGAGCGAACCGAGCCGCGCGCCGGCAUCGUCCCGCCGCCCGGCGCCCGCACGCCCCCCGCCUUUUCAAAGGCCCUCCUGCCGCUCCCAGCUCCGCCCGGGACUCCCCGGCCCGCGCGGCUCCCGGCUUCGCUUCGCGGCCACUUCGGCGGCCGCCCGCCGCGCGCCCUCGCCCGCCUUUGAAGUUUGCUGUGCCGGCGGCAAAGUUGGGACGCUUCCGCCGACGGAAUUUUUCGCUUCUCCCCGCUCCGCCCCCUCCCUCUGGUCACCCGGUUCCCGGACGCCGGCGCCGGGCUGCUCGCGCCGCACCUCGGGGCGGCCGCUCUCCGCCUCCCCCGGGAGGCCGGACGGAUCUCUGAGGAUGGCGCUGCUCCGCUGCUGUCUGCUGUGGCUCCUCCUGCCCAUCGGCUGCGGGACCCAGAAGUUGCCCACGCGAGACGAGGAGCUGUUCCAGAUGCAGAUCCGGGACAAGGCGUUUUUCCAUGAUUCGUCAGUCAUUCCAGACAGGGCUGAAAUCAGCAGUUAUCUCUUUAGAGAUACGCUUAAAAGGUAUUUCUUUGUGGUUGAAGAAGACAACACCCCGCUGUCGGUCACGGUGACACCCUGCGACGUGCCCUUGGAGUGGAAGCUGAGCCUGCAGGAGCUGCCCGAGGAGACGAGCGGAGAGGGCUCAGGGGCCACAGAAAUGCGCCAGACCAACUUCCGAUGUCUAAUCCGGAAUCCUGUGUUCCCACAGUGGCAUCGCCAAAGCGUGGAGUGGGGUGUAUUUUGGCGAAGGUUCCGGCCCGUAGUGCUGGACGAAGUGCGCUGCACGGGGAACGAGCUCUCCGUCGAGCAGUGUGCGAGGAGCUCCUGGGGGCAGCACGACUGUGCCCACGGAGAGGACGCGGGAGUAUCCUGCACCCCCGUCACAGAUGGGGCCAUCAGACUCGCAGGGGGCAAAGGCAGCCACGAGGGCCGCUUGGAGGUGUAUCACCAGGGACAGUGGGGCUCUGUCUCUGAUGACGGCUGGACGGUGCUGAACACAUAUGUGGUUUGUCGGCAGCUGGGAUUUAAAUACGGCAAACAAACCUCCGCAAACCACUUCCCAGAAAGCAUGGGUCCCAUAUGGCUGGACGAUGUCACCUGCUCCGGAAAGGAAACCAGUUUCCUCGACUGUUCCAGGAAGCCCUGGGGGCGGCAUGACUGUGGCCAUCGCAAGGACGUUGGAGUCUCCUGCUACCCUGGCAGCGAGGGACACAGACUUUCUCUGGGUUUUCCUCUCCGACUGGUGUAUGGAGAAAACAAGAAGGAGGGAUGCAUGGAGGUUUUUAUCCAUGGCCAGUGGGGAACCAUCUGCGACGAUGGAUGGAGUGACAAGGACGCAGCUGUGGUCUGUCGGCAGCUUGGCUUUAAGGGCCCCGCCAGAGCACGAGGCGUGGCUUACUUUGGGGAAGGAGCAGGACCCAUCCACGUGGACAACGUGAAGUGCACAGGACAUGAGAGGUCCUUGGCUGACUGCAUCAAGCAGGACAUCGGAAGACACAACUGCCGCCACAGCGAGGAUGCGGGCGUUAUUUGCGAUUAUUCUGGCAAGAAAGCGUCAGGUAACAGUAAGAAAGGGCCCCUGGCGUCUGUCUGUGGGCUGAGGUUACUGCACCGUCAGCAGAAGCGGAUCAUUGGUGGGAAAAAUUCCUUAAGGAUUUCUUGCUAUGGAUGAACUUUUUCAAGACUUAAAAAAGGGACAAGCUUCCUGGUUAAAGUCAUGUCAAAGGAGAAUCUGAUAAGUCUGGCUUUUCGGAUCGUCCCUAACCUGUGCAUGGAGGAAUUGUCUUCAGAAGGGAGUUUCUGAUGUCCUUAAGCACCUAAAAUUUUUAUAAGUAAAUAAAAGAGCAAAGCUGUCCUGAAGAGAGAACCAAGGCUGCAAGGCGCAGCAGCAGGAGGCGGACUACGGUUCAAACCCUCACUCCACAGCCGGUGUUUCCAGGGGUGGGUCACCCGCUCUCCGAGUGCCUCAGUUUCUUCACCCAUUCAAUAGAGUAUCGACUGGCUUAAAAAAUAUACAAAAUAAAAUAAAAAUAGGAGUAAUAACAGUACUACCUCUUAGACACUCCUUUCUAGCAACUGUCCUACCUUCAUCAAAUGCCAUCAUAUUGCACAGUGCAUGUUCCGAUCAGUCAAUAACUUCUAUUGCUUCCGACAACUCAAAAUCUCUUCCUUUAAUCUGUCAUUGUUUGUUCUCUCCAGCUGACCCCAUGGCUUGGUUACUGGACUCUGCCUUACUGUCUAGCUCAUACAUUAAUAAAUGGGCACCUUAGCUCUGCUCUGCAGCUCUGGAGACCGUGCUUAGAGCAGGGCUGCCAGAGAUGAUGCAGACUUUCAAAAUGUAAGUAAAUACAGAUGAUGUUUAGAUAAAAUGCAAAGUAAAAAAUUUGAAUUUCAGACAGACAACCAAUAUUUUUUUAGUAUAAGUAUGUCACAAAUAUUGCACGACAACCCCAGAUCGGAAGCCAUCUUUCAAAUCAACCUUGAGUUCUGAGGCGCUGAGAAGCACUGCUCAGCUCGUCCAUUGCCACAUUGUCCCUCUUUCCCUGGGGCCUGAGCACUGUCAGGGGCGACCCUAUCUCGCUCUGGGGAGGAGCGUGCGGUGCGGCGGGAUGAGCUCAGGGAGUGGACAGCUGCCGGGCAGCCACGCGAGCCCAGGCAGCCCCAGCCAGUCCAGCAACCCAGCUCUUCUGGGAAGGAGGUUUAAACAAAUACCCUCCACUGGGAAGAAAGAGAUCACGGUGUCUGUGGGUUCUCAGUAUUGGGUGUGUAUGUAAAGCUGUAUGAAAUCGUGUGAAGAGAUUAAAAUUUUAAUGACCACCCUUUGCACUCUAAGGAUCUAUCAAAAUUCCGCCUUGAGCUUCCUGAGAGAGAAACUUCCUUUCCCGUCUCGUUGAUAAACCGACACGGGUUCUGUUUGCUCUGUAAAUGUAUGAAAAAAGGGCUGGCCUUUCAGUUCCUGGUUUGGUAAGGACUGUUGAGAAUCUGGAAGUCCUUGGACAGGCUAAUGAAAUGGAAUUCUGAAGACACUACCCGGAAUCUUAUCAAAUUCAAAGUGAACUAUAAAUUUUUAUCACUUUUUGAAACCCAAGUGCAAGCCCAACUAACCUGGAGGUAGAAUUGGGCCUGUCCACCUGGAUCGGGAAUGGAGGCAGAGGCUGCAACGUGUCCCACGAGUCCGGUGGGGCAGAUCCUGGCUGACGUACGAAGACUCAUUGUUUUCAUCUUCAUUAUCCGUAGAAAUACGCCCCAACUGACUGCAGAAAGGUAAUCGAACUGAUCAGCAAAUUCAUAUUAAAUAAGGCAUCUGGAGAAGAUAUUUUUGACACUCAAAGUUGUGUUUAAAGUUUUGGGUUCUAAUUCUUGUCAUUUUAUUUAUUACUGUUAACUCUGCAGAUAAUAAUUUUACCAGUUUUAUUUCAAAAUGUAGUCCAUCUUUUUUCUUUUAGAGCAAUCGCUCUCACUCCCUCUCAACCAUAUACUUUUCCUCUGUGCUUACUUUCUGAAUGUUAAUAUGAGUGGACUGUCCAGGUCAACAUUCUGGAGGCAGCAGUUAUGAACUCUCCUUCUACAGCCAGACGUUGUCCUGACCUCUGUCACAUAUUCACGUGAUUAGUCCAAAAGCCUGUCUCCCCCUUCUCCUCCCACCUGCUCCCCCCACUGUGACCAGGGCAAAAUCCCUACAUUCUCUAGGUAAGCUGAAUGCGUGCCCUCUAUUUUUGUAAGAAUAUAAGACAAGUUUCUACUCUACAUGGACGAUUGUUUCAUUGCAUACCUUCAAAUCCCCUGGCUCUGCUAUUUCUAGCCUUCGGUUGAACUUGGAAAAAGUAACUUAACCUCUUAUGUUUUCUCACCUUUCAAAUGUAGAAAAUAAAAAUUAUCUCUGAAGUUGU